UGGUGAGAAAUUCCAGGAGCACAGAAGUCAGCGGGCUUCUCCUGGAGACAAGCAGACAUUUGGCCUCAGCAACCAUGCCCAAAGUCAUGAAGGAUAUUGGGCACCCCUCGGCGGGAGAGGAGCCUAGCAUGGCAAGAGCUGUGGUUCGCAGCGUUGGAGGCUUUACCCUGGGCUUGUCUUUGGCCACGGCCUACGGGCUUCUGGAGCUCCUGGUGGAAGGGCACAGCCCCUGGGGCUGCCUGGUGGGCACCCUCACUUUGGCUGCCUUCCUUAGCCUGGGCAUGGGAUUCUCUCGCCAGGUCCGAGCCACUGUCCUCCUGCUGCUGCCCCAGGCCUUCUCCAGGCAGGGCCGGACACUGCUGUUCGUGGCUGCCUUUGGGUUGGUGCUUCAAGGGCCUUGUGCCAACACUCUCCGCAACUUCACCCGGGCCAGCGAGGCUGUAGCCUGUGGGGCAGAGCUGGCGCUGAACCAGACCGCCGAAGUGCUGCAGCGGGCCAAGCAGCCCCUUGUCAGUGCCCUGAACAAGAUUAAAGCUAUUGCCCAGAAGGCCAAAGAAGUGGCUGACCGGGUCCGCAAGUUCUUUCGGUCAAUCAUGGAUGGUGUGAAACAUGUAGCCAGGGCUCUCCGGAAUGUGUGGCAGUGGCUCCUGCAUAUCGGGGAUGUGUGCAACGCGGAGCUGGGCAACCCUUACCUGAAGUGUGCGCGGGUCUUUGAUGAUGCCAAGGACAGCUGCAUGCGGGUCAUACCACAAGCCUACCACCUGUGUUACGUGCUCAUGCCCUUCAAACUGGCGCUCUGUGGACUUGCCAGCUUGGUCCAGGUGUUCUGUGUCAUCCCCAAAUACCUUCAACCCUUCUUGCGCCAGACCAUCGGCACCCCUGUGAUUCAGUUGCUCAACCGCGUGCGUCAGGAGUUCGAGUUCAACAUUACAGCCACCCACCACUUCUCUGUGGAUCUCAAUGCCUCUCGGAGCCUGUCGCAGGUAGCCAUGGACCUCCAGGAGGCUGUCAGCAUGAAGCUGCACCGCAUCCGAGAGGCCUUGGCUCUGAUGGGCUUCACCACGCCUCUGCUCCUUGUGCUUCUCUACCUCCAAGCCCUAUUUUACCGGUACUGUUACCUGAACUGGGACCAUUACGACAAUAUCUACAUCACCAGCCGAUUCCUGCGCAUGGAGGCUGUGCGCUCCUCGGCUGGGCUGCCCACGGUGCUUCCGCUCAGUGCUCACGAGGCCAGGCGCUACAUCCCGCCGGGCUCCAUCUUCCUGUCCCAGUGGGAGAAGUUCUUUUGCAUUCUGGAGACCUUCAACCUUAUCCGACACCUCCUCGUCGUGCUGUUCCUAGUCUUCCUAGACUAUGCUGUCUUCUGGGUGCUUGACCUGGCCCGGCACCAGCUGCAGGGGGAGCUUGUGGCCCGCAGUCCUGUGUUGGUGUCUAUAACUGUGGAAGGGACUGGCUAUGCUGGAAAUAUUUACCGUGACCUGGCGUCAGCAUUUAAUGUACUGCAGCAAGGCAACAUCAGUAUUUUGUCCCGGCGCUGUCUCCUUCGUCCCUCGGAGCCUGACAGCACUGGUUACACAGUCAUUGGUGUCAUGUAUGGCCUAUGCUUCUUCGUCACCCUGUUUGGCAGCUAUGUCAGCCGGCUGCGGCGAGUCAUCUGUGCCUCCUACUACCCAUCCCGGGAGCAGGAGAGGAUCUCCUACCUGUACAACAUACUUCUGAGCCGCCGAACCAAUCUAUUGGCUGCCCUGCACCGAUCAGUGAGGCGGCGGGCAGCUGACCAGGGCCACAGAAGUGCCCUCCUAGUGCUGGCCAGCCGGUGUCCCUGGCUACAUCCAUUCGUCAGCCGCUUUUGGCUGCCCCAGGCCUACUGCCUGGGCUGUGGGAAGCCCCAGAGUGAGGGAGACAUGGAGAACACUGUGUCCUGCAGUACCCCGGGCUGCCAAGGUCUCUACUGCCUCACCUGCUUCCGCCUCCUGGACAAUACCUGCUCCCUGUGUGCCUCUCCCCUCGCCUACCAAGGGGACCUGGACUUGGAGCUGGACUCUAGCGAUGAGGAGGGCCCUCAGCCAUGGCUGGCUGCAGCUCAAAGGAAGGACCCUGAGCAGGUGUGGUUACUGCAGCGACAGCUCCAGGACGUGCUUGGCAGGAGCCUCUCAAUGGAGUCCACUUCUGAGUCCAGUGACCUGGAUGAGGAGAAGGGGCCUCAGCAGGGGAAGCACAGGCAGCAGCCCUUACCUGAAGCCCAUCAGCCUGUCAGCAUUCCCACCAGCCCUGAGCCCUACAGACCACCUGAGACAUCCUCCGCCCCCAAUGCAGCCCCCACUGCAGCUUCAGAACCCUCGGUCCCUCUCUCACCUCCCUCUCUUCCAGAUCUUUCCCACCCACCCCCCAAAUAAACCAAUAAGACACAA